ACCUGAAAAGAAAAGGAGAGAGAACAGGCCGUCACAUGAGAUCCUCCCUUGACUUUACAAAAGUACUUACUUUGGAGGAUCGGUCUCUCAGCUCAGACCUUUCCCCGCCGAGUUCGUCACGCGGAAGUGAAAGUAAAACUGAAGUAGCCUGUCACAUCGGUGUGUCAGUGGAGGUGCCGUCUGUGUCUUAGACAUGAGCUCUCUACAGUUUAACGGCGUUUUACUGGACCUUUCUAAUGAGCUGUCAAGUAAGCAGCUGGAAGAUAUGAAGUUUCUGUGUGUUCCAGACAUCAUCCGGAAAAGAGACCUGGAAAUUCUCACCACUGGACGCCAGCUGUUUCAGGUUCUGACGGAGAGAGGCAAGCUGGCAGCCGACAACACGGGCUUCCUGUCCGGGCUUCUCCAAAAAAUUGGACGACAAGAUCUCUCAGACAAAUUAAACAAUUUUGAAAGGCUGUAUGAAGACACCAACAACCAACCGGACGAGGCGGAGAGAGCAAGACUGGACAUCGCUACAGAGGUGAUUGCAGAGAAUCUGGGAAGAAAUUGGCGUAAACUGGGCCGCAAACUGGGUUUGAGUGAGGUUAAGCUGGAGUCGAUCUCCAAGAGGCAUCCCACAGAGCUGGAGGAAACAGCGUUGGAGCUGCUGAAGGAGUGGAGGAAGAGUCGAGGAGCCGAGGCCCGAACAGAUGAGCUGAUAGAAGGCCUGAGAGCCUGCCAGUACAACCUGACUGCUGAUAAAGUGGUGGACAGACUUAAACCCCUUGGAUCUUGAUGGACUGAGAUUACCUUAGAGAAUGAAAAUGAAUGAUGUGAUUUAAAUAAAUCAGAUUUCAAGAAAGUAAUAUGCAAAUACAUGGAAUUAUGCAAAAAUAAUCUCUUUCUGUGACUAAGUCAACUUCCUGAAUGUCAAUAAACAUGCACCUGAGAGAGACGUGUGUUUAAAGGACUAAGCCGUGCUUGUUUCAGUAUGACACCUUUCUGUUCAGUGUCAGCUGAUAUCGGUCAUGUUUUAUCUGAAGAUGACAAGAAAGAACUGGUGGUGGUGAUGGAGAAAUCUUUUAUUUACAUUAUAUUCUGAUGCAAGGGACCUCAAGCCAUCAAACUGAUUACAUGUAUGGUUGAUUUUUGUUUGUGAUAUGAAAAUAAAAUCAGAUGGUAUUUGAAA